GUCAGUGCAACAAAGACGACACAACAAUGACUGAUCCAAACACAUCUUCUUUUACCUUUGACUUUGGCCCCAUUUAUGAUGAACUCAACUUCACAUAUAACUACACAGACUUCAUCAUAGACCCCGAAACGCAGCCCUGUGACUUCUUCUCCCUCCCAGAUGCAGUGAUGGUUGUGGUCAGUACAUUUUAUGUCCUCAUCUUUCUCUUGGCGAUUCCUGGAAAUCUGUUGGUGGGGCUGGUGAUUGGCCUUAACAAACAGUCAUUGACUCCUUCUGACCUUUACCUCCUCCACCUGGCAGUUGCCGACAUCCUGCUGGCCAUUACGCUCCCAUUCUGGGCCGUCUCCGUUACACAGGGCUGGGUGUUUGGAGAUGCCAUGUGCAAAAUUAUCACCAUCCUCCAAGAGCUAAGCUUCUACUCUAGCAUUCUCUUCCUGACUUGCAUCAGUAUGGACCGUUACAUGGUGAUUGUGCGAGCUAUGAAUGCCCGCAAGGGUAACCGCCAGCUGGUCAGCUGGGGAGUCUGUGCUGCUGUCUGGGUUGUUGGAGCCUUCCUGUCUCUGCCAGGACUUUUCAAUUCCACUUACUCUUCUCAAAACUUGAGUCACAUAGUGUGUAGUGAACUGUAUGAUCCCAGCAGUGCUGACGAGUGGCGCCUGGCCACCAGAAUCCUUCGCCAUGCAUUGGGUUUUGUUGUCCCCUUGGCCAUCAUGCUGCCCUGUUAUGGAGUAACCAUCCGGCGCCUCCUUCACAUCCGUGGGGGGUUUCAGCGGCAACGAGCCAUGAGAGUGAUUGUGGUGGUCGUGGUUGCCUUUCUGCUUUGUUGGACUCCGUACCACAUCGCUGUGAUGACUGAUUCGUUUUUCAGGACAAAGAUUGUGCCCUACAAUUGCCCGGCUAGGAUGGCGGUGGAUCAGGCCAUGUUUGCCACUCAGAGUCUCGGCCUGCUUCACAGUUGUGUCAACCCGGUGCUGUACGCCUUUGUGGGAGAGAAGUUCAGGAGGAGGCUGGUGCAGAUAAUGAGGAAGAUAGGUGUUCUAGAGAGAGCAUCAGUGUCAAGAAGCAGCAGGUCUUCACUGUCAUCAGAGAUCACAUCCACAUUCAUGUAAGAACACCAAAGGGACACUUUAAACUAUUCAGAUAAAUUGAUUACAUCUGUGUAUUUACUGCAGGAUCUCAAGUGUUGGACAACAAAGUGCUCAUUUGGAUAAUGAUCUGUUUUUUUAUUGCAGCUUAUAUUGGGCUUAUAUUGGGAUGGACUUUUUAAAAACUAAAUCAGGUUUUUUAAAAGUUACAAAAUUUGCCUUGAGGUGCCUUGAACAUUUUAUUAAAAUUUGUAAAUGUUUUCAUACUUUAUUUUUUUCAUGUUAUUUAACUUGGUUUUGGUUUUGACAAUCCAGUGUUUUUACCACGUUGCUUAAGUUAAGUUAAGCUGUAAACACUUUCAAUUUUUUUUGUUUAACUAUUUCACUCUUCUGUGUGUCCUAAGUCAUGUAUAGCUUGAGGAAACUGCGUAAAACAUGUUUGAAAAGUUUCAAUGUCACGUUUGACAAUAUUUCAACACAAUAAUUCUAUGUCACAACACAGAGACAAAAUUGUUGUUGACGAACAACUUGAGAAGCAGCAGAAACUCCAGUAAAAGCUGGAUAUUGCGCUCAGACAAUUCACAAUUCAGUGUUAGAUGGUGAAAUAUCUUGCUGAUGUAAUUUUCCUUAUAAUAAUCAUCAAGACCAUUUUUUGUGAUACAAAUUUUCAAACCACUGUUUCUGUCCUUUGAAACAGCAUUUUACUUCCAGUAUAGGUUGAACUAUACAACUAGAGCAGAAACAUAAAACUACCUUGUAUAAUACUGUAUAACUUGAUAAACAUUUUUUUAUAGUCUUGAAAUGUUGAAAUGUUUUUAGACUGAGUUUUUUGUAUAAGCUGAAGACAGCAGGUUGCUGUUCACAUGCCAAAUUAUUUUAAUUUUCCAUAUAUUCUAAAUCAUCAAUAAAGUUUAA